AUGACAGAAGAGAAAGACAAUGAUCCGAGGGCAAUCAAGAAGACUGAGGAACCCAUCGAUGCUAACUCCAUCCAUGUCAAUUCCCCAUACUAUAUUCAUCCGUCAGAUUACCCUAAACAGAUGCAGGUUAAUGAUGUGUUGAAUGAUAACAACUUCAACGAAUGGAGGCAGGAGAUGAUCAAUUUUCUGUUUGCCAAGAAUAAAAAGGGGUUUGUCGAUGGGUCAAUAAACAAACCAGAUUCUGCAUCCCCCAUGCAUAUGGCAUGGAUGUGUGCAGAUGCCAUGGUCAAGGGCUGGCUGACAGCAGCCAUGGAGAGGGACAUCCGGACCAGUGUGAGAUACGCUAAUACAUCAGCCGAGAUUUGGAAAGACUUGGAAGGUGCUCCACGGGUUUACGAGCUAAAAUAG